AUGGCUGCGCGCCGGGCUCUGCGCUGGCUGCUCUUGCUCCUGACCCAGGUCCCCGUCAUGGCCCGAGUGCGUGCAGAGCAGCCGGCCCAGCGUGGCUGCAGCCCGGAUGAGUACUGGUCUCCUGACCGCUGGUGCUGCCAGCUCUGUCCCGCAGGUGAAUUCGUGAGCAAGGCGUGUGUGAGCCCCCACACGCGGGGAUCCUGUGAGAAGUGUGAGCCAGGGACGUUCACCGCCUUCGCCAACGGCCUGCCUGCGUGUCGGCCCUGUUCCACCUGCCGGGAGGACCAGGAGCCGGUGGUGGAGUGCGCGUCAGCCCGGGACCGCGCGUGCCAGUGCCGGAGCGGCCAUUUCCACCCGGCCCGGGAGGCCUCCGAAUCCUGCUCACCGUGCACCAAGUAG